UUAGCAACAUUUUAGUGGGCUAGCAUCAAAGAUAUGGAAACUGGAGUCCCCGGAGGACAUUGAAAAAUGGAGACAAGAAAGGAGAAAAAAUUUUCCAACUGCUGAAAAUGUUCAGAGAAAGAAAGAAAUUCUGGAGGAGAAAAAAGCCAGGGGUGAAGUUAUAGAAACCAAAACAUUUGGUAAAAUGAAGAAUAAAGGUGGAAAGAGAGAAAGAUUUGGAAAAGGGAGAAACCGGAGACAAAAGAACAACAGGAAUAACUUCUCAUUAGAAGAUGUUAAGAAGGAAAGUCCCCCCAAGUCAGAGGUCACCAUUGCAAAGGAAAAUGUUGAUAAAGAAGGCAUGAAGAAAUUUGAUGGGGACCCACUGUCAAUGUUAGAAGGAUUAGAGGAAGUUACUCAGGAGUCGGACAGAUCAGUGUCAGCUAUAGGAGGACUUGCUACAUUGAUGGCCAACUAUAGUGACAGUGAUGAGGAGAUAGCUAGACAAACAGACACACAAAUAAAUAAACGUGUCAUUGUUGAAGAUGCUGAACAUGUAGAGAAGUAG